GAAGAAAAAGGCGGAUUUUAUGGAAUAUACAAAGGACAUGGGAUGAUGUGAGAAGAAAUAGUUUCAUUUUUUAUGUAUACAUAUGUUUUUGUAAAAUAACGUCUUAAAUUAUAUUGUGAUUUCGACCAAUGUGAAGAAGGUACAGCUGUAAAGCCCACGUCGCAUACUCCAGUGCAGCAGGUGGCGCUGUGCAAGUCAUGGCGCCAACACGCCAUUGAGCAAAAAGAAAGAGAAAAAAGAGGCAGAAGAAGAAAAGGCAGGAAAAGGCAGAAAGCGACACAUUCCAGACAAAGCGCAACAUUCCAGUUGUUUUCCACAAAAAAACAUCAAAAAUGUUGAAAGAGUUGGUGAAGGAGCGACUCAUGGCGGCGGCCGAUGAAAUAUUCGCGCUGUUUGAAAGAACCAUCGCGUCGUACGAGGAGGAACUUUCUAGAACAAUCCAGGAAAAGGAGCGGCAUCGACAACUGGAAGCUUCUAGCAAGACUCCGAUUGUUUGGCACGGUGGAGAAGUCCGCAAGCGACUUGGUCGUCAAGAAGAACGUCGCUCCGCUUUAAAGCCGGAGUAUUCACAGCCCCCCCGCGUCAAAGAGGAAGAGGAGGAACUUUGGGUCACUGAGGAGCCCCCCCGCAUUAAAGAGGAAGAGGAGGAACUUUGGGUCACUAAGGAGAGAGAGCGUCUUCUCGGGUCGGAGGAGGCCGAUUUCACCAAGUUGCCGCUGACUGUAGUCUGUGUGAAGACCGAAGAGAAACCACCCGAGUCCUCACUGCUUCAUCGCAGAUGGGCGGAGCCUCCCAGCAGCAGCUCACAUCAACACUGGACAACAGAAGCAGAUGGAGACCACUGUGGAAGAGCACAAGCAGACAACCUCUUCGCCCCGCUGUCCCAUAGUGACGACACAUCACUCUCUCCCGGGGACGAAGACCGGAACAAUGCCCGGGAACCUUUGAGCAGCGAUACGGACUGCGAAGCUGACAACAAACACGACGACUGCUCAAAAAAGAAGCCAGGGACUUACGUGACCUGCUUAGUUUGCGCUAAGAAAUUUGCUAAAUCGGGCGGCCUGACUCGGCACAUGCUGACGCACACGGGAGAGAAACCUUUCAUUUGCUCGGUUUGCGGACAAAAAUUUGCCCACAGGUUUACCUUGGCCCGACACAUGAGGACGCACACGGGGGAAAAACCCUUUAGUUGUUCUGUUUGCGACAAACGAUUCUCCGAGAAGUCGAACAUGGUCGCGCACAUGAGGACGCACACGCACGAGAAACCGUUCGCGUGCGCCGCUUGCGGCAAGAGCUUCUCCCACAAGCGGGACUACUCCCGGCACCUGCGGACGCACUCGGGGGAGAAACUCUACAGCUGUCCCACCUGCGGCGAGCGAUUCUCCCGGAAGUCGUACAUGUUGUCGCACACCAGGACGCACACGGGAGAGAAACCGUGCGUUUGUUCAGUUUGCGGGAAAAGCUUCUCCCAGACGGGGACCAUGGUGAGACACAUGAGGACGCACACGGGAGAACAGCCUUUCAGUUGCUUAAUUUGCGGGAAAAGAUUCUCCGCCAAGGCAAACAUGGCGACACACAUGAAAACACACAUGGAAUGACUCCCUCGCCGCCAACAUCAACAUGUAGGAAACA